AUGUCGUUUCUAGAAUACUCCAAGGCUCUCACGAAAUCUUCCUCUAAAAAAGUCCACAAGUGUGCACUGUGCCCCUACUUCACCACAUCGUAUUUCCUCAUGGACAACCACGUUAAACGACACGAAUCCCCGCAAAGUUUUACCUGUACAAGAGACUCCGUUGAAUCCUAUUACUGCAAACAUUGUGGUUACCAAACCGAUCUGACGCUCCUUUUCAAACUUCACGUAAGCAAACACCACAACAUUCAAAAGGAGAAGACAGAAAAUCCCCAACAGUACUCGGUUCGAAAGUACAUUUGUGGAAACUGCCCGUUUGAGUGCCACUUCGUGAUGACCUGGCACCAACAUGCUUUUUCUUGCCACAAGACUAAAAAUAAUUUUGACGACGUAAAAGCCCGCUCCGAAGAAUCCGAACAUAAAACCAAAUUAUAUUACAAAAAAGUUAAAAAGCCGUAUGAAUGCAAACAGUGCCCGUUUAAAAGCAAUCGCAUAUCUUAUCUCAACAACCACGUGAUUAGACGCCAUUUAAAUGAAAACGAAAUCAAGUGGUUGGAAUGCAAACUUUGCCCUUAUAGAGGCAAAACAAAACCAGCUUUACACGAACACGUCAAAAGGCGACAUUUAAAACAAGGUUUGAAGUGGUACAAAUGCAAAAAUUGCCCUCAUAAAAGUCAAUCUAAAGGGGGUUUAAAUGACCACGUGAUUCGUCGGCAUGUAGAUGAAAACGAAAUUACGUGGUUUCAAUGCGGAGAUUGCCCUUAUAGAUCCAAAACAAAGUUCGGUUUAAAAAAGCACACCAGUGUGAAGCAUGUGGACGAAAAAGAUAUCAGGUGGUUUGAGUGUGAACAGUGCACGUUUAAAAGUAAAUAUAAAUUUUCGUUAAAUUGCCACGUGUUUUCGCGACACACGCACAAAUCGUACAAGUGUCAAUCCUGUCAUUACGAAGCUAGAACGAGAACCGAGUUAACGAAACAUACAAAAGGGGCGCACAUGGACAAAACAGUAGCCAGUUCUGAAAAGGCUCCGUGUAAAGAAAAGCCCUCUUCACCUUCAACCGGAAACAAUUUUCAUUUCAAAAAUCAAAUCAGUUCUCGAUUGAUGACAAUAUUAAGCAACAACAAAAGUGUCGAAUAA